AUGGAGGCGGAGGAAAGACCGAGGAAACUAGCCAAGAUUGGGCAUGAUCAGGGUACCAUCCAAGACGCAGCUGGCCCUGUUAAUACAAUGACCUCCGCUGAACCGGUGCAGACUGACACAGCUGCCCACCCCGAUUUGAACCCCGAGCCAUCAGAGCAUCCCAGCACGGAGACAGAAAUUAAAACGACUGAACCUGCAUCUGCUACGAAUGAGGCUACUGAAGAUGGUGCACCGAAAAUGUCCAAGAACCAGCUGAAGAAGCUCCGUCGGAGAGAGAAAUGGGAAGAGCAACGCGGACUGCGCAAGGAAAGGCGCAAAGAACGGAUAGGAGAGAAGCGUGAACGACGUGGGAAAUUGAUAGAUGAAGCACGGGAAAAGGGCGGCGAAGAAGCUGUGGAAGCGUUGCGCAAGACUUGGGAAUCGACAAGAUCUAGAAAGAUGCGAUCGACACUGCUACCUCUUGCGAUUAUCAUCGACUGUAGCUAUGAUGACUUGAUGAACCCCAAAGAGCGCGUUUCACUUGCCUCGCAGAUGACGCGGUCGUAUUCACAGAACACUCGCGCACCCUGGCGCUCGAACUUGAUGUUUAGCUCCUUUGACAAGCUACUCAAGGAACGGUUCGACACCGUGCUUGCACCACACAAGAACUGGAAGGGUAUCGAGAUCAUUCAGGAGGACUUUGUUCAUGCGGCUGAACUAGCCAAGCAACGCAUGAUCACCCCACGCGGAGGCCAGCUUGUUGGCCCGUUUGCUGGGAUGAAAGAUGCCAAACCAGAGGAUGGUGAGGUAAUCUACCUCAGCAGCGACAGUGACAAUGUCCUGACCGAGUUGAAGCCAUACGAUACUUAUAUCAUCGGUGGAUUAGUGGACAAAAACCGAUACAAGGCUGUCUGCUACAAAAAAGCCGUGGAAAAGGGUAUCAAAACAGCUAGGCUUCCUAUUGGUGAUUACAUCCAGAUGUCGUCGCGCUCGGUGAUGACUACAAACCAUGUGGUUGAUAUCAUGCUUAAUUGGCUAGAGCUGGGUGAUUGGGGAGAAGCCUUCAUGAAAGUUAUGCCCCCAAGAAAGGGUGGCAAACUGAGAUCUCAGUCAACGGAAGAGGGAGAGGGAGAGGAAGAAGAAGAAGCCGAUGAAGGUAAUAUCGAAGAGGAAGCCGAUGAUAUUGCGGAAAUUGAAAAGCUCGCGGCAGAGGAAGAAGGCAACGAGGAUGAGCAUUAA